GGGUGAGGGGUGAGUCUGGCGGAAGUGGAAGGGCCUGCCCGGGUGUUGUGGGGCUCCGGGCCGGACGCUGCCCCCUCCCUCCGUCCGUUUUGUUUUCAGCCCGAUCAGCAGAUCCGCGGGUUUAACAUAUGAGCGUUUCACUGGUCGCCAUACGUUUGGAGCUGGCGAAUCACUCGCACCAUCCGCAGGGUUUCGAGUACAGCGCGCUCAAUAUGGCGGAUGAUGAGAGUAAAGAGAAGAAAUCACUCAGUUCAGCAAAUCUCUUGCUGGAAGGUAAAACAACUGGAGAGAAAUCCACUAUCUUGCAUCAACACAUUGGUCGCCGAGAGAUGAGGGACAUGGUAAUUGAAACUAUAACCUCCAGCAAAGACAAAGGUACUGUGGAAUCUGCACUGAAGCUUGACCAAAAGACAACAAAUGGUACUGACCUUCUGGAGAAAACAAGUACCAUUGAUACAAAUGACAAGAGUAAAUUGUUCAAAGAUCAGAGUGGGAAUGCACCAGACUCUCCUUCUAAACAGCUGCCUGACCAAAUUUCAUUCUUUAGUGGAAAUUCAUCAGUUGAAGUAGUACAUGGAAUCAUGCACCUCUACAAAACUGACAAGAUGACUUCCUUAAAAGAAGAUGUGAGGCGUAGUGCAAUGUUGUGUAUCCUAACUGUUCCAGCAACCAUGACCAGCCAUGAUCUUAUGAGGUUUGUUGCACCAUUUGAUGAUUCGAUUGAGCACAUGAAAAUAAUAAGAGAUUCCACCCCAAAUCAAUACAUGGUUCUUGUCAAAUUUUGCUCUCAGGCAGAAGCAGACAGUUUUUAUACUGCCUGUAAUGGUCGGCAAUUUAAUUCCAUUGAGGAGGAUGUAUGUCAGCUGGUGUAUGUGGAAAGGGCUGAAGUCAUCAAAUCUGAGGAUGGAGCAAGCCUUCCUGUAAUGGGGGUAACUGAGCUACCACCAUGCAUUGUGUGCCUGGAAAGAAUGGAUGAAUCUGUAAAUGGGGUUCUAACGAUACUCUGCAAUCACAGCUUUCAUAGUCAUUGCUUGCAACACUGGGAAGAUACAACCUGUCCAGUUUGCAGGUACUGUCAGACUCCAGAGCCAGUUGAAGAAAAUAAAUGCUUUGAAUGUGGUGUCCAGGAGAACCUGUGGAUUUGUUUGAUAUGUGGACACAUUGGAUGUGGCCGAUAUGUCAGUCGUCAUGCAUAUAAGCAUUUUGAAGAAACGCAACACACUUAUGCCAUGCAGCUCACCAAUCAUAGAGUCUGGGACUAUGCAGGAGAUAAUUAUGUUCAUCGCUUGGUGGCCAGUAAAACAGAUGGAAAGAUUGUGCAGUAUGAAUGUGAGGGUGACACAUGUCAGGAUGAAAAAAUUGAUGCUCUUCAGUUAGAGUAUUCAUACCUCCUUACCAGUCAGUUGGAAUCCCAACGCAUCUACUGGGAAAACAAGAUAGUCCAUUUGGAGAAGGAUGCAGCAGAAGAGAUCAACAACAUGAAAACAAAAUUCAAAGAAACCAUUGAAAAAUGUGACAGUUUGGAGCAGAAACUGAAUGAACUCAUGAAAGACAAACAAGCUCUUGAAAGAAAGUGUUCUCAAUUGAACAACAGAGUUUUGAAACUAGGCACAGAACUGAGAGAGGAGCAAGAAAUGAACAAGUACCUGCGAACUAAUCAGAUCCAGCUGCAAACCAAACUGAAAGAAGAGGAGAAAAAGCUGAAGGACACAUGUGAUGAGAAAGACAGACAGAUUGCAGAAGUGCAGGAGCAACUGCGAGAUGUCAUGUUCUACUUGGAGGCUCAGCAGAAAAUCAAUGAAAUGCCAGCAGAUACACGUCAGGAGAUUCAAGAAGGACAGAUAAAUAUUGCAGUGGCAUCUGCUGCGCCAUCAACUGGAGCUAUAACUAAACAGACCUCCAGGAGGGGAAGAGGCAAAAGAAACAAAUAGUUAGGCUUUCUCAUUUUUGAACGAGGAAGGAAAAAAAAAGCAAAAACAAAAAAACCUCCUUGGAGGUGUGUGUAUAUUUGCUUAUUUUCAAUGCUGUAAUGCUGACCUAGCCACGUGUUAUUAUUGGUUCAAAAUUUAAGAAUUGCCAGUUUUUAUGGCAGUUGGGCUAUAUUCUGCACUGUGCAGAAAAAAAUUAUUUAAUACAUUAUUGAUUUGUAUUUGCUGGUAUUAGAGCUUAAGUGUAUGAAACCGUAUAAUUGAAAACUGCUGUAUGUCAUCAAUCCACUCAAACCACUCUCAUAAUGAAUAAUUUGCAUCAAUUUACUGCUCAUUAACAUUAAAACUAUCAGUUUACAUGUUUUUCGAGCUGAAAUGUACAAAAUUCUCCUCUCCUGUGAAACCAUUACUUAAACUGUUUGGGUUAUAGUCUGUGUGGAUUAAAUAGGAGCAGCAUUGUAGUUGACACUAGAUUCAUUAAGAUCUGCACAUCCAGAACAUUGUAGGACACUGAAUUUAUAUUUACAAAAUCCAAUAGUUUCUGAUUUAUUUUGUUUUUUGUGUGGACCAGGCACUUUGGGUGAUCUGGAAUCUCACCAUGAUUACAUGUUAUUGGUCUAUAAUUUCUAGCCCUUGGCAAAUAGCUAACUGAACUUAAUUUGAUAUGUUUAAAUUUAAGGCCAAGGAAGACACUUAACCAUAAUUUUAAUGAGUUUUGGAAUUUCUCCAUAAGAUGGAUAAUGGAUAUAUUACAAUGGUGUAUUGCAUUUGAUGUGCUAUACCUUGUCUGCAAGUGAGAAAUGUUGGCAAAGGGAAAGUGAUUCUUCAGGUUCAGGUAUCCUAUGAAAAGGAACAAAAAAUGUACAUCUCUAAUUAAAAAAUCAAGUUUACUGAACUGGCUGUUGCACUUAAUUGAAUGGAUGAAGACCCAUCAAAUUAACACAUGUACAUGCUUUCAAUGUUAACAUCUAAAUAAAUAUUAUUCUAAGGAAAGCUGACAAAGCCAUUUAAAAUGUUUAUCAAUGCAAGGUUUUGUGAAACCUGAAAUAUGACCAAAUAAAUGUUCCAGAAAUAAAGCCUGUCAUGAACUAUAAAUCACACAUCCAGAGAAUAAACUAAAUAUCUCAACUAUUGUUACUAGGUGUUGCUGUACUUGUAUACAAGACUUUUGCAAUUCAUUUGCAUAUAGCAUUCCAGUAUUUCUAUACUGAGGGAGGUAUCUAAUAGUGAACAGCCCUUGAUUUCUGAGAUAUUUAGUUCUACUUCACCUAAUUUUGUUCUUGCUCACUUGCAGCUAUCAUCAGCAAUAACUUGUUUGAGUUGAUACAGAGCAGAACCCCAUACAAAACAUAGACAAGAAUGGAUAGGAACUUGGUAAAUUACCAAACCACCCAAGCUACUCAAGGUUCUUACAUCCUCUCAGUGUUUGAGUCAGCAAAAAAAUAUUUUUCAGUUGUUAGUAAGAAGCUUAGAACACUUGUAAGGCCGGAGAUGUAUGAAUGUGUAGUUGCUGUAAACAAUCAAAUUUAGAAAGAUUGAUUAUUAAUAUAUUAACAAAGAACCAUUUGAGUUCAUGUACUUAAUAUUUUGAAUGAACCUUCAUUCUCGUUAUUAGCAUCCUGCAGUUUGUGAAGUAUUAUAAAAGGUGUAAGUUUACUUCCACUGUUUGUAAAUAUUAUAAUGGUUAAAUAUUAUGGAUGAUGUGUUAGCCGUAGAUUAAUAGAUAUAGUGUGAAUUGCCAAGAUGUAAAUUGAAGCAAUUUUUCCUAUAAGAAAUAUCUUCCACAGGUCUUUGAGAAUGACUAACAUUCACCCAAUUCACAUUAUACAAUGGCAAUUUACGAAAAUAUUUUUGUAGAUGUUUGUGGGAAAUCUCUGAAGAAAACAAAUGUAAAUUAUGUACAGCCAAACCAUGUCACCUCUUAAUGGAGGUAUAAAUAUAACCAUUUUGUAAAUAACAUUUUAUGCACUCAGUUUUUAGUUGAGGGCUGUUGAAUCUUAAAGUGCAAAAUGAUAUAUUUAGUGUGAAACUUUAAACUGGAUCAGUGUAUUUUAAUUAAUUUGGUUCAUUUCACCUAAUUUCAGUAAACUGAGCAAUAAUGCUGUGAAAUAGGCAGACAGAUAUGACUGUCUAUUCAGAAUUAAACAAAACAGAGCUGUUUGUAGACUGUUUGUUGCAGGCCUAGUUAUGAAUAACUUGUAGGAUUGUUUUAACAGAAUAAAAAUUGUUCUACAGCAAACAUUUAGUUAUAUUGUCUUCUCUGCUGUCCCUUCCAUUUCCAUUUCAGUUAAACUGUGUAAAGUACCCAAGGCACUAAGUAGAUGUUUUUAUAAUAAAAAUUAUUUAAAUUCAUUAAUCAAUGAAUAUCUUAAAAUCAGGACAG